AUGUCUGGUUCAGCCGCGCUGGAGUAUGGGUUCCCUUCGACGCAUUCGACAAACGCCGUCUCUGUCGCUGUCUACGUGCUCACUCUGCUCAAUUCGCCGGAUUCGACCGUGAGCAGCCAUAUCAAUUUGAUCUUCCAAUGCAUGACGUAUCUCUACGUCAGCUCCAUUGUAUUGGGUCGCCUUUACUGCGGAAUGCAUGGGUUUCUCGAUGUCAUUGUCGGUUGCUUGCUCGGAGCUUCGAUAACGUUCGUGCAAAAUUUAUUCGGGCCUCUUCUCGAUGACUACGUGUUUUCAGCAUCAGGGAAACAAAUCGCGCUGGUGGUCCUGGUAAUAAUCAUCCUUGUGCGCAUUCACCCGGAGCCAGCAGACGAUUGCCCGUGUUUCGAUGACAGUGUCGCCUUUGCAGGGGUAAUAAUUGGAGUGCAACUGGGCUGCUGGCAUUUCGCGAAGUCUAGCAUCGCUUGGUCCGACCCUUCCCCCGCUACGAUACCUUUCCGGUACAAAGAUUUGGGUCUGGUAAAGACCGUGCUGCGCUUUGUUCUGGGUGUCUUUUUGAUUUUCACUUGGAGAGAGGUCAUGAAGCCUCUUCUCCUCCGUACCCUGCCUCCAAUCUUUCGAGCGUUGGAGAAGUUGGGUCUCCUGCUUCCUCGGCGAUUCUUUACCAGGGCUUCACAGUACAAAACUGUGCCAGCUCAUUUGAAGGAUCAUGAAGUCCUUCCGUCAUUUGCGGAGAUUCCGUCGAUUCUCACUAAUAUCCGCCAUCCGCGCCGCCGAGCCAUAUCCAUUGGCCCUCAAUCCGAGGCCGAUGCCUACGAGACUCUGGCAUAUCGCGAGAAGCGCAGGCGCGAAAGUUUGUCAAAUAACGCUCACAAUUACUCAGUUGCCGAAGACGGCGGCGACACUGGAAAUGUCUCCAUGUCCGGGACGCAGCCGUCCAAAUUGACACGAAAGCAAUCCAAACUGGACGAGUAUGAACAUAUGAUGGGCACUGGCAUCUCGCGCCACAGCCCUGACGCCAUAGCAGUCAUGGACCGAGAGCCUUCAACCGAACCCUUCCCUGCUUACGACGAGGGAAAGGAACCCGAUCUUACGGAGGUUUUCUCGCAAGUGAAGAAACCUCGUGUCCGAUAUGAUGUUGAAGUGGUGACCAAACUGGUUGUAUAUUCUGGUAAGUCGUGCCGUCAAGGAGCUGCGAUGAUAAUUUUCCUUACGAUUUGCCCUAUGUUAGGUAUCGCUUGGGUAACGAUAGAAGGCGCGCCUAUAGUCUUCGACAAAGUAGGCCUUGGUUUGUAG